CCGGCCCAGGUGGAGGCGGUGGCGCCCGCGGGCCGGUGCCGGCAGUACCAGGACCGGGACCCGGCUGGGGACCGCGACCGGGCCGAGCUCCUGUCCCAGCAGGUGAGACAGGAGGAGUCUGGCUGUGUCCCAGGGUUUCCCUGCCUGAAGGACAGAGGAGGAGGAGGAGGAAGGCCACCAGGGGUGUUUGCCAUCGAGACGCUGCGUGAGAUCCCUGCCACUUGUAUGAGCCUGCCAGCAGCCUCCAGCCCAAGAUGUCAGCUGGUGACAAGAACGGGGGCAGCCGCUCCAGCAGCAGCCGCCUGCAGAGCAAGAAGCCCCCCAACCUCUCCAUCAUCAUCCCCCCCCGGGAGGCAGAGGAGGAUGGUGCCCGCAAGGAGGUGAGCAGCAGGGAGCCACAUCCAUCCCAGGCCGGGCUGCCAUCUCCAGGGGCCCCUCCUGGUGCCAUCACACCCUGCUCUGCCUUCCAGCCCUCCAAGGUCCCCAUCUACAGGAAGAGCAGGAGCCUGCAGGAGCCUCGCUCAGAGCGCCGGCCCGGGUUCCGCCGGCAGACAUCCCUGUCCCAGAGCAUCCGCAAGGGCACAGCCCAAUGGUUCGGUGUCAGCAGCGACUGGGAGGGGAAGAGGCAGCAGUGGCAGCGCAAGAGCUUGCAGCACUGCAGCAUGAGGUAUGGCAAGCUGAAACCUGCCUAUCGUGACAUGGAGCUGCCCAGCCAGGAGGUCCCCUCCUUCCAAGGCACCGAAUCGCCCAAGCCUGCCAAGAUGCCCAAGAUCGUGGACCCGCUGGCCAGGGGCCGUCCCUUCCGCCACCCCGACGAGACCGACCGGCCCCACACGCCCCACCAUGUCCUCCCCCCCCUCACCCCUGGGGUUGUCUCCUUGGCAUCCUUCAACAGCAUCCGCUCAGGCUACAGCCGCCUGCCACGCAGGAAGAGGGAGUCUGUGGCCCACAUGAGCUUCAAAGCAGCCGCUGCCCUUCUCCGUGGACGUUCUCUCCUGGAGCCUCUGGCUCCCAAGCAGAGGAGCACCAAGAGGACCUUUGUGUACCCCAGCUUCAUGGAUGAGGAUGUGGUGGAUGCUGCUGAUACCCUGGACUCAUCCUUCUUCAGUAAGAUGGACAUGCACGACGAGACCUACUCCAUGCCCGAUGAUGUCUUCGAGUCCCCUCCUCUAUCAGCCACCUAUCUGCGCAUGCACCCUGUGGGGGAGGAUGCCAGGAUGUCCCCAGAGGCAGAGCAGCUCACCCUACAGGAGGGCAUCCGGCUGACUUCGGGCUCCUCCGGCACCGACCCGGCUCCCCGGCGAGGCGGGCGCAUCGCUUCCAAAGUGAAGCACUUUGCCUUCGACCGCCAGAAACGCUACUACGGGCUGGGGGUGGUGGGGAAGUGGCUGAACAGGACGUACCGCCGCAGCCUCAGCAGCAUCGUGCAGUCACAGCUGGAGAUCACCGACAGCCACCGGCCAUAUUUCACCUACUGGAUCACCUUUGUCCACAUCCUCAUCACCUUGCUGGUCAUCGGCACCUACGGCAUCGCCCCCAUCGGCUUCACCCAGCACGUGACCACAGAGUUAGUGCUGAGGAACAAGGGCGUUUAUGAGAGUGUCAAGUACAUCCAGCAGGAAAACUUCUGGAUCGGGCCCAGUUCGAUUGAUCUGAUCCACCUGGGAGCCAAAUUCUCCCCCUGCAUCCGGAAGGAUCAUCAGGUGGAGCGGCUGAUCCAGCGCGAGCGUGACCGGGAGCGCGGCUCCGGCUGCUGCGUCCAGAACGACAACUCUGGCUGCAUCCAGACCCUGCCCUGGGACUGCUCGGAGACCCUGGCGACCUUCAUCAAGUGGCCGAGCAGCAACGCGCCGGCCAUGGGCUCGGGUGAGAAGAGGACAUCGGGGGCUGUGUGUCACCAGGACCCCAGGACCUGUGAGGAGCCAGCUUCCAACCCACCCCACGUCUGGCCAGACGACAUCACCAAGUGGCCGAUCUGCACUUAUGAGACCAAAACCAACCACACGGGCUUUGCUCACCUGGACUGCCAGAUCAAGGGCAGACCCUGCUGCAUCGGCACCAAGGGCAGCUGUGAGAUCACGACACGGGAGUACUGCGAGUUCAUGCACGGAUACUUCCAUGAGGAGGCAACACUCUGCUCACAAGUGCACUGUCUGGAUGAGGUCUGUGGCCUCCUGCCCUUCCUCAACCCAGAGGUCCCUGACCAGUUCUACCGCCUGUGGCUGUCUCUGUUCCUGCACGCUGGCAUCAUCCACUGCCUGGUGUCGGUGACUUUCCAGAUGACAGUGCUGAGGGACCUGGAGAAGCUGGCAGGCUGGCAUCGCAUCUCCAUCAUUUUCAUCCUCAGUGGCAUCACAGGCAAUCUGGCCAGUGCCAUCUUCCUGCCAUACCGGGCGGAGGUGGGCCCUGCUGGGUCCCAGUUUGGCUUGCUGGCCUGCCUCUUUGUGGAGCUCUUCCAGAGCUGGCAAGUGCUGGAGAAACCCUGGAAAGCCUUCCUCAACCUCUUCGGCAUUGUCCUCUUCCUCUUCAUCUGCGGCCUCUUGCCCUGGAUCGAUAACAUCGCUCACCUCUUCGGCUUCCUCAGUGGCCUCCUCCUCUCCUUUGCCUUCCUGCCCUACAUCACUUUUGGCACAGUGGACAAGUACCGGAAGCGAGCCAUGAUCAUUGUCUCCUUGGUGGUCUUCCUGGGGCUCUUUGCCUCCCUGGUGGUCUGGCUCUACGUCUACCCCAUCAACUGGCGCUGGGUGGAGUAUCUCACCUGCCUGCCCUUCACCAGCAAGUUCUGUGAGAAGUAUGAGCUGGAGCAGGUCCUGCACUGACCCCCACGGUGGGGACAGGGCUAAGGGAGGCACUGGUGGUGAUGAUGCUUCCUAUGGGAUGGGUCUUCACCACCCCGUGGAGAUGGCAGCUGCUGCUCCGGGAUGGAGCAGACCUUGGCAGGGUUUCGUCCCUGGGGUCAGUGGGUUUGGGCUCACCCCCUUUUAAACCCUGGGGAUGAUGUAGUGGGGCCACCCUGCCCUGCACCCCUUUGGGGCUGCAUCUGGGCACUGAAAAGCCAUAACUUGUUUGGGGACCCAGCCAGGACCCCAGCUGGUGCCUUGUGUGGGGAAGGGGCAGGAGGAAGGUUUUUUUGUGUCCACGUUUCUUUGUGGAUGAAGCUGGUGAAGUCUCCUGCCUGUUCCUCUGCUUUGUCCAUGUCCCCCUCGGUGCCCCCGGGCACUGCAGCUCCUACUGUGAACACAACCCCCUUUUUGGCAGGGGCAGGUUGUUUUUAUCUGCAGCUCUUUGGCCCCAGGGUUUCCCCAGACUCCCUGGGACCUCUGCUGCGGCUCUGAGAUGUUCAGAGCUGAGCUUUGAAGGUAUUUUUCAUUCCUGCUCUCACAUCUGGUGCUCUCCUGAGGCUGUGGAAGGAGGCUUGUGCUUCCCCACCAGGCUUCUCACUGGAUGGAGAGGCAGGACUUGACUGAGAGGGGGCUUCUUUUCCCCUUAUUCCCUUUUUAGAAGUGGGUAAGUGGGAUGUGCCAUCUUGGUAGUGCCAUGCUGGGAUGCAGAUGUGGAGAAAAACUGUGGGGGGCUUGUGUGGCUGCUGCAGAAGCUCACCAACCCCUUGGGAAGCUGUUGGUGCUCCCACCUCUCACUUCUGCCUCGAGUUCCUGCUGUUACCCCUUUCCCUUUUUCAAAAUGUAGGGACCUGGGUAACCCUCCCCCUGUCUGGUGGUGCUGGGACAGAUGGAGCAGCACGGGAUGGGGGCCAUCACCUUCCCCACACCUGCCCUUAGGCUGCUGCUCCCCAGCAUCUCCUCCUCCCUCUCUCUGGUCUCUGCAUGAAGGCAGGUCCUUCCUGGGGUCCAGGGGACUCCACUGGGCUGGUUUUAGAGCUAGGUUGGUGCCAGGCUCUGUGUCUCCUGGUGUGUGUUGCUUUGGUGCUGGUGGGUCUCGGUGCUGUUGAACGAGGGAUGGUGAUCAUCCCGCAGCCAGGAUGUCCUGGGAUGAGUAUUCAAGGGCUGGAGCUCUGCUCCCUCUGUCCACAGCUCCUCUCCAGGUGAGCCCCAGGAGCUCUGUGGGACCUACAUCCCACCCUCCACUAUGGGCCAGUUUUCAGCCCUGUUCUGUCCCUCCAAUUGCUGCUCCAGCCAAAAGCAGACUCCACCUCCUUUGUCUCUUUUUUGAUACUUUUUUAAAAAGCUGUGGGGUUUUUUUUUCCCUUUAAUAAAUUUCUACCU